AUGAUGGCCGCACCAGAGAAGAUGGAGAUGAAGGUGAGUACCAAGAAAGACCUGGGAUUUUUCCUGCGCGCCGCGCGGGUCUUCCUGCAGGGUGCCGAGGCCAAAGAGGGCAAGCCCGCCAGAGCACCCGUGGAUGAGCUUCAGGUCUCAGGUCUUGGUGAAGCCAUCAAGGUGGCCGUGACCUUGUGUGGACGACUGGAAGCCGAAGGCCUUGCAGUUAUCGAUGCGGUGGGGCGACCCGAGACGGCCGGUGGGGCCGUUUUAAGGGUGGCCGGUGGUGGUUGGUUGGUGGCCAAAUUUGAGAUGCCGGUGGUUGGUUGCAUUUGGUCCUGGCGCUCCGCUUUUUCGGAGCGGAGUUCGAUGCCCCCAAGGGGCAAAGCUAAGGCCAAGGCUGCCGCCGGCAGCGGAGUAGAUGCGGCGCGAACCCUGCGGGAGAAACCGGAACCGGCGAAGCCGAAGGUAGAGAAGUUCUACCGCGAGGUUGAAGGGAUUCCUUGGAGUGUCAAACUAGGCGUCCCUUUGAGUUGUGAAGCGCGGGGCUGUGAGAUCCACGACUGCGCGGAGCGCGCUGUAACAUUGGAGCAGUUGACGGAACUGGCGGCGUAUGUGCAAGAAGUGGGUCAGGCAUCAUUGCUGACGGAUCGUGAUGGAUCAACUGUCACCAGUGACGCUGUGAAUCUCUAUGUGAUCAACGAUUUGCUUGUGAAACCCUUGACGUUUCCAUUCAAAUGCUCGUGGGUGGAAUUGGUGGCCCCCGCUCCGCAGUUACCAAGAUGGUUUGUGAGCCACUGGUGGGGCACACCCUUCCCGCAGACCUGUUCCUUGCUCCAGUUCCACACGCAGCAGAGAAAUCUGGCAGAUUCGCCUUAUUGGAUUUGCACCUUCGCCAACAAUCAACACGACCUCAGCGGUCUCUCUGGACAGCUGCGUGACACGCCCUUCGUCAAGGCCAUCCUCAGUCCCAGGUGUGAAGGAACGGUGGCACUCUUGGAUUCCAACGUCACCACCUUUGAUAGGAUUUGGUGCGUGCUGGAGAACUUUGUCAGCACUGUUUGGGCACGAGAGGAGGAAGCUCACUUCUACGACAUUGCAUGUUGGCUGCCCGAGAAUUCCGCGUUGCACGGUGGUAAACCGGUACCUGCCAAGCCCACGUUGCGCAUGGACAGCGGCGAAGGUGUACACGAAAGCGUUGCAGAUGAAGCGACUGGCGGAGCCUUUCCCUUGCGCGUUGCGGUGAAGGGAGUGACCGUGGACAUCAGUAGGGCCAAGGCUUCCCGGGAAGACGACAAGCGGAAGAUUCUGCACCUCAUUGCGGGUACACCGGAGGAGGACUGGUCGCAGCCUCCGCCCAGCGAGUGUGAUGCAUUCACCUCCAUGAACAGCGGUGUGCGGCGGAUGUUUGCAGCGGGGGCGCUGUACAAAGCAGCAUUGCACAGUGACAUCUCGGUACCUGGGAUCCGAAUCUCCAAGGAUCUCACCAAGCUUCUGGCCGAAUUUCCAGAGGCCAAGGAUGAAGGCAUCAGCGAUGGUGCCGGUCCAGUCUAUGCAGCUGCGAUGAAGAACAACGUGGAAGCGUUAAAACUUCUUCUGGAGGCUCGAGUUCAAGUGGACAAAGCGAAACGCGAUGGCGCCACGGCUGUCUUUAUCGCCACACAGUUUGGAAGCACUGACGCCUUGAAAUUGCUUCUGGCUGCGGACGCCAAUCCAAACCUGGCACGUCAAGAAGACGGUGUGGCGCCCGCGUACAUGGCGGUGCAAAACGCUCGCAUGAAGGAGCUGGCGAUGUUGCUUGAAGCCAGAGCCGACCUUAAUCAGUUGACGACCAAAGGAGCAGCUCCGUUGCAUUUGGCCGUGCAGAUGGAGAAAGCUGAUGCGGUAAAGCUUCUGUUGCAGUACAAGGCCGACCCGAAUCUCGAGACGGAACAAGGCAAUCGACCUCUGUCCUUGGUCAAAAGUAGCAACUCGGAGUCCAGGAAUCUCCCUGGAAAAAACGUAGGCAAUCGAUGCUGUUCCUACAAAAAGGGUCCCACCAGUUAA